AUGUCGCUGCGCCCAGACGACAGGUCGCGACGGUCGCGCUCCAAGUCGCCCGGCCGUGCAGGGGAGCGCAACCGCAGUCGCAGCCGCAGUCGCAGCCGCAGUCGCAGCCGCAGUCGCAGCCAUGUGCGCGAGGCAUCUGGAUCUGCGUCUGCGUCUGCGUCUGCGUCUGCACCUGGGCCGGGUCAGCAUUACAGCGCAGCUGAAUAUGCACCAAUGGAAGCCCACGGUGCGCAGUACGAAACCAGGCAGCCACUCGUGCAUCCGACGACCGUGAACGAGCCCAUCACCAUGGGCAACUACGCCGACCUGCCCCCCGACCAGCGCCCGGCCUACAUGCGGCACGCCCAGGCCGCCGCCCACUACCAGCAGCCCAUCGCCUACGCCCAGGCCGGCAACGUCCAGUACACGCCCACGUCCCAUGCUGGACAGCCGUUUGCAUACACGACCACGCCCACGUCACAUGCUGGGCAGCCGUUUGCAUACACGACCGCGCCCACGCGCGACCCUGCUGCGAGCUUCCAGUACGCCCCCGCGCCCGACAACAUCACCUUCAGCGCCCGGCCCGUCGUCGGCUCCGCCCAUCACCCACCCACAACACACACGGCCCAGCCAACGAGUCCCGCCUACCCGCCGCCAGCGCACCCCCAGUAUGCCGCCGUCCCGCACGCCCCCGCCCCGCCGCCCCUCGCCCAGCCCCAGUACCCGCCGCCGCCCAUGGGCACCCACUCCCCGCGCCCAGAGCACCACCGCGCGCAGUCGAGCGCGGGCGCAACGAGCACCUACGACGGGCGCAAGGUGGUCGAGAUGGUCCCAGGCGGCGGCGGCCGGCCCGACCUGCAGAACAUCAUGCCCGGCGGUAUGCCCGGCGGCUUUCCAGGCGGCGGCAUGCCUCCCCCCAGCCCGCUGUUGGAAGCCUACCAGGGCGUGUACCAGUCCAUCAGCCCCAUGCCGCAGGCCAUGAUGCUCGACGACGACGACAUCGACCACCUGCAGCCCCUCGACAGCCUCUCCCCGCGAGAAUCGAGGCGUUCCGUCCAGGGUCGACACCGCGCCCACUCGCGCUCAGGCCGCUCACCAAGCCCCCUCCCGCCCUCGAAGCGCAAGGACAAGCUCGCCCUCGAAGCCUACAGCUCCUCCGCCCGAGAUCCAUACGAUCCCUACUCGGAUCGCGACCGCCGCUCCAACGACCGCAAAAAGGAAGAACGCCGCGCACGAGUCUACGAUGCCGAACCCGACGCCCUCGCCAUCGUCGACGCCCUGAGCGCGCGCACGCCCGACCUCGACACCCUCAUCGACAUCCUCCCGCUCCUCUCGCACGAUCAGAUGCUCGAGCUCCGCACCGAGUACAAGCGCCACUGCAAAGUGCAGGGCCGCGGCAUCAACAUUGCCAAACACAUCAAACUGAAGACCUCGGGCAACUUUUGCAAAAUCGCAUACGUGACCGCCCUCGGCCGCUACGAGGGCGAGGGCUACUGGGCAAACUACUGGUACCAGAGCAACUCGGCGCGCCGGGAGCUGCUCAUCGAAGCGCUGAUGGGCCGCCAAAACCACGAAAUCCGAGCCAUCAAAGACACCUUCCGCGACAAGCGCUACUCGGACUCGCUCACAAAAUGCAUGGACAAGGAGCUCAAGGCCGACAAGUUCCGCAAAGCCGUGCUCAUGGCGCUCGAAGGCGAGCGACAGGAGGAGUCCGACGUGUGGCCGACCGAGUACCGCAACCGCGACGUCGACACGCUGUACAAGGCACUCAAGGCGCGCGAGGGCGGCGAGAGCGCCAUCCUCGGCGUCGUCGUCAUGCGCAGCGACGCCCAUCUGCGCGAGUGCCUGCGCACGUACGAGCGCAAGUACCAGGGUAGUUUUGCACGCGAGUGUCUGCGGAAAAGCAACAACCUCGUCGGCGAAGUCAUAGCCCACAUCCUCAACGGCGUCAUCAACCGUCCAGCCCGCGACGCCAUGCUCCUGCACCACGCGCUCAUGGACCUCAUCGAGCCCUCGUCGUUGUCGUCCAAUGCCCGCUCCUCGCGCGAAAAUACCUCCGCCGCCUCGACAUCAGCCGCCAAACACGAGCGCCAGCAGCGCUACGAGCUGCUCGUCUCGCGCCUCGUGCGCCUCCACUGGGAGCGUAUGCACCUUGGCCGCGUCAAGGCAGAGUACGAGGACAAGUACGGUAGGAUGGUCGAGGAGGAUGUCGAAGAGGCGACCAAAGGGGAUUUUAGGGAGUUUUGUCUUGCGCUCUGUCAGACGGGUCGGUGA